UGAUGCGCUCAUCCUCUGCUUUUUCUGAGACGAGCAGCUGAGACAAGCUUCUGCUUGAAUUUGGAUGAAAAGUGGACAUUCUGUUCAGGAUGUACACAUCUUGUGCAUGAGUAAGGGACCGCCAUUUGAAGACAGAAAAAGAGAAAGGCAUCAAAAUUGGAUUGUGGACGAGUGGAUUCUUAGAAAAAGAAGCUUCCUUGGAUCUGAAAUCUAAAUAGGAGAUAAACUCACAAGAUGCAGGUCCGUGUGGUUCAGAUCUGGGGUUUCCUGAUGUCAGUUUUGGGCUGGAUCUUCGUGGCCUGCACCAUGGCCAUGGAGGGCUGGAAGAUCACCUCCAUCGGGGGCAUGGGGGGCUCCUCCAUCAUCAAGGUGGCCUGGUACUGGUCCAGCCUGUGGAGAUCAUGUUUUACAGACUCAACUGCUGUCAGCAACUGUUACGACUACCCUAUGCUCUGGUCUGUGGAGGGCUACAUCCAGAUAGUGCGAGGCCUGCUGAUGGCGGCUCUUUCCCUGGGCAUGCUGGGGUUUGUGCUCAGUCUGAUGGGCAUGGAGUGCACCUUCAUUGGGGGGAAAGACCGGUCUAAGUACAAGAAGAUCUACAUUGGUGGAUGGUGCCACGUAACCAGCGGUUUGCUGUCUACAUGUGGGUACGCUGUUUACGCACAGUAUGUCUCUGUGGAAUACUUCAACCCUGACUUUGACGGACUUAAGUAUGACCUUGGCACGCCGAUGUUCCUCGGCUGGGUCGGCUCAGCCUUUCACAUGACUGGCGGUUUCUUCUACCUGUGGUCAGUGUGUAAGCCGCUCUGUGGAGGAGAGGCAACGGUAAUCACCAUCCAGCCAGUACCAGACCCCGAGCAAAACAAGUCCACCACAGCUCUGUCCUCUGUGUCUGCGAUCACCUCCAAGACCAAAUUGUCCUCCGUGUCUGAGCUGUCGUCCAAGUCCGAGCGCUCAGACCUGACUGGAAUUUCCUCUAGAUCAGAGCGCACAUCCAAAUCUGGACGCACAGCCAAGUCGGGGCGGUCGUCGAAGAGUGGGCGAACCACCAGGUCUGCAGGAUCUGUAGGGUCGAGUUCAGCAUCAGGAUCAACAUCAGGGUCGGGGUCAGAGUCUGGAGUCUCAUCGAGGUCCAGCGUGUCAACUCUGUCCACUUCAAGGAGCAGCGGCAGCAGCCGGACAGUGUCAUCAUUGUCGGGCAGCUCAGGGAGUGAGACUACACCGUUCAUCAAAAACUCUUAUAUUUAAUAAACGCGAGUCAUAACGUGACGGACAAAUGUUAAAUGUGACGGACUGAUGAUCUGAUGCUUUUCUAUUCAAGUUAUGAAUCUGUAUCUUAUACAAAUUCAGUAUGUGUUUUGUAUGAGAAAUUGUACGACAAAUCUUUUUCACUGUUAAAUGCCUCUUUUUCAUCUUCAUCAUCUAUAAUACAUCACAACUAGACACUGUAUAUACAUUCAUUCAAUAUAACACAUUACUAAGACACACAUCCAUUUCUGCUGUGACUGGCAGCCUCUGUGUAGCCAUUAAAACAACAAAUAAAACUGCACCAGGCUGAUCAGGUCUGGUUGACAGUAAACAGAGUGUGCUUGGCUCUUAUUCAGACCUUCACACAAUCAGACAGCUGCUUUAAGAGGACUGGACCUGCAGCUUUGACCUGAGGAAAAACUCCUCCAGCUUUUAUUUUCUUAAAUGACUUCUUCCUUUAAAAGGUAGAAAGGCAUUAAAAACCUUCAACUCUGAAGUUACUGACUCUACUUUCCACCCUCUUUAGUGUCUAAAACAUCUUAGUAACUAUUUGUGCUUAAUAAGCAAAGGCUCUUGAAGGGAUGUGGAGGAGACUGGCUCAGAUCCUGGGCCUGCUGCUCUGCACACUAGGAUGGGGCUUUGUGGGCUGCACCCUUGCAAUGGACCACUGGAGGUAAGCAAAUAAGUGUUAGAAGACACAAACAGAAAGAUGGACCUGAUGCACUAAAGCUCUGAAAACUACAGGGAGAACGUGUCUCGACUGACGAGUGUAAAUGUGCAUGAUCGGAGUGCUCCUGUUACUCUUUUCUCUUGUUUCUUAAAUAAGGGAUUUUCUGUGCGAAUUCAUUAAUUUCAGAUGCAUUUUCAUUUUGUUGUGGUGACACUUUGAUAUAAGUUUUGGAUAUGGUAAAAGAAGAAUAAAAACUUAGUUUGAGAUUUGAACUGUCUCUGAGUUUAAGCAUAUUUUAUCAUUUUUGGCAGUAGUGUAACAAACUCAUGAUAAAUGUUGAAAUUUAAAAGCUGAAAAUCAAUUUUUGGGAGUGAUAAGAGA